CAUGUGGGUGAUAUUUGUGGGAGCUUUGAUCAGUUGACGGCACUUAGAUGAGGAGGGAGGUGGACCAUUAUUUGGCCCCCAAAGAUGUAUUUGUCAGAACUCAUCUAAUGGGACAUUUGCAUGUCAUUCAUGCAAAUUUUACCCCAAAGGCAAAAUCUGAGUAUAGAACUUUAAAUAAGGACCAGCACUGGGUGGAGAUGGGGUGAAGUGUCUACAACCUUUCAAAACACAUCCUAACGGAAUGGGUUGGCGAAUAGAGAGGCGCAGAUAGAUUUUUUUUUAUUAUCAAGUUUAGUAGCUGUCACUUGUAAAUAUAGGUGUCGGUGUGUGGUAUCAUUGUGAAAUUCAUCCAGUUCUAAGUUCUUAAGUUCCUCCUCUCCAGGAGACAAUGCAAGGGGAAUCGCCAGAGUUGCUUUCAUCAAACGCAUUUGCAUCUACUCAACAGAACUGCAAGCCUUUCUAGUUCUGUUUCUGGCGAGUGUCGUGGGUGGGUCUCCUGGGACCACUCUCUCUCCAUAGGCGGAGAAAUUCUAUUUAGAUCGCGGGCGCCUAUGAAUCCAUUCCUUCACGCAGACACAUUCGGUCCCCUGUGCAGUAGUCGGCGUGCUAAUGGAGAACCCGCUAGGGAUCAGGUGUGUCUAAAGGGCACGCAGCGCCCUCUUCUGGCCCCAGAGGGACCCACGCAGACCAUCGAGGCUCUCGACCUUGUUCUUAAGCAAUCACUCCAAGCAUCUGCACACCCGUGUGGGAGAAUCACUGCUCUGAGGUUGGCCUUCAGAGCUUCCGGCGAGCGCGGGCAGAGACCAGCGCAGGAGACUGGCCCUGGGGCUGAGAGGCGGACACCGGGUGGAGUCACCGCGGUUGGCAGCAGCAGGGCUCCACCUGUUGCAAUGUUCGAACCGCCCCGCAGAGAGGACAGCACCGAGCAUAGACCUCUGCUCCCAGCCUCACUGGGCAGGGCAGUGCCGCUUGAGAAGGGGAGCCAAGGACUAUCCUGAACCUAUCUCACAGAACAGCGGUCCGCCCUCGUGCUGCCUGAGAGCCUGUGUGCCUGGCCGACAUCCGUGCCGGCGGCAGAUCAUGAGAUCUGCCUCUCCGUACUGUCCCUGCGUCCGUGCCUGCCCCAAACCCGUUCCAGCCCCUAAGCCUGGGUGAUUCAGGAGGGCAGAGGCUCAUCAGGACACUGCCACUAAUACGCACCGCAGAUCCAUCUGGAGAGGCACGGAAGACAGCUGACAUAGCGUGGUAAGCGAUGGUCCGAGGAACCCGGACCUUGAUGCUCACCUUACCCGCCGAUUCUGUCUGAACUCACGGCCUUUUCUUCAAGAUGAGUUCAAGUUCUCUCGAGUUUGCCUUGAAGGCGCGCCACGCCCCCUCCCCAAACUGAGCAGGAUCAGGAGAUCUGGUGAGUCCCGGGGCGCUCGCCCCCUCGUACCGAGCCGAAGCAGACUGCGCCCCGACGUUCUGAUCUUCACCAUUAAGGAGAACUCCAGGGCGGACCGGGAGGUAGCGGAGACAAAGCGGAUUCGAAACCACGAGUCCGGGCUGGGGAUCUGGCGCCACAAGAACAGCCAGGGCUGCGGCCAGGGAUCCACGCCGCCUGCGGGAGCGCGCGGCGGGCAUGGGCGAGCCGGCACGAGGAGCGGGCUAAGGGCCGGUAGAGCCUGAUCUUCCCAGGGCGUGGGCACGAGUCUGCGGGCCGCGGCAUUCGCGGGGUUGUCUUCCAGUGCCAUGGCCGGCCGAGGGUGCGGCUGUGGUCCGGGUCACCUGAAUGAGGACAACGCGCGUUUCCUGCUGCUCGCAGGGCUCAUCUUGCUCUACCUAGUGGGCGGCGCCGCCGUCUUUUCUGCGCUGGAGCUGGCGCACGAGCUGCAGGCCAAGCAGCGCUGGGAAGAGCGUCUGGCCAACUUCAGCCGUGGCCACAACCUGAGCCGCGAAGAGCUGCGCGGCUUCCUCAGUCAUUACGAGGAAGCCACCAGGGCGGGCAUCCGCAUGGACAGCGUGCGCCCUCGCUGGGACUUCACCGGUGCCUUCUACUUUGUGGGCACUGUGGUGUCCACCAUAGGGUUUGGGAUGACAACCCCAGCCACAAUUGGAGGGAAGAUCUUUCUGAUCUUCUACGGCCUCAUUGGAUGUGCAAGCACCAUCCUCUUCUUCAACCUCUUCCUGGAGCGGCUGAUCACCGUCAUCGCCUGCGUCAUGAGAUCCUGUCACCAGCAGCAGCUGCGGAGACGUGGGGCAGUGACGCAGGACAACAUGAAGGCCCCUGCAAAGGGCGAGGUGGAUAGCCUGGCUGGCUGGAAGCCCUCUGUGUACUACGUCAUGCUGAUCCUAUGCUUGGCGUCAGUGGCUAUCUCUUGCGGAGCCUCGGCUCUGUAUGCCACCAUGGAAGGCUGGAGCUACUUUGACUCACUCUACUUUUGUUUCGUGGCUUUCAGUACCAUUGGCUUUGGGGACCUGGUCAGCAGCCAGAAUGCUCAGUAUGAGAGCCAAGGGCUCUACCGCUUUGCCAACUUCUUCCUCAUCCUCAUGGGCGUCUGCUGUAUCUACUCCUUGUUUAACGUCAUCUCCAUCCUCAUCAAACAGACUGUGAACUGGAUCCUAAGGAAACUGGAUAGCGGGUGCUUCCCACAAUGCCAAAGAGGACUCCUGCGGUCCAGGAGGAAUGUGGUGAUGCCCGGCAACAUCCGGAACAGGUGCAACAUCUCCAUAGAGACGGAUGGGGUGAUGGACAGUGACACUGACGGGCGACGUCUCUCAGGGGAGAUGAUCUCCAUGAAGGACACCAACAAGGUCUCACUGGCCAUCCUGCAGAAGCAGUUGUGCGAGAUGGCUAAUGGUGGACCCCACCAGCCCAAUGUGUCCUCCAGAGAUGAUGAGUUCUCAGGGGGUGUGGGGGCCUUUGCGGUAAUGAAUAACAGGUUGGCAGAGACCAGUGGAGACAGGUAGGGACCAGAAGUGGCUACUAGAUGACGAGACACAGGGGCAAGUGGAGGAUAAGACACUGUCCUGCCCCCAGUGAGCUCAGCGGAGUCCCUGGCUGUUGCAACUCGCCUCUCAAGUCCUGACCUUGGCCUCAGGCAACAGUAACCUCUCAAGGUUGGGGACUGGAACCUCCUUGUCUGCCUCUUAUUUUACUCUUGAAUUCCAAGUUUCAUAUUUGGAAUUGCUGAGGUACUGGCCAUCCCCAAGAGUUUUAAUUGUCUGAGGAAGAUGGGUUUCCCUCCAACUUUGAUUUCCCUUCUGAUGUCUAUCACUUGGAAGGAGAGUCCUGACGAGCCAAUUCUAGCCUGAAACUGUGAAUGGCUGAGUUUGCCACUUCACCCAGCCCCUCAAGAAAAGAGAAUGAACAUUCCAGAUUGUGUCUGGGCCUUCUUUUUACUGGGCUUCCUUCCAAACAUAUUUGUGGAUGGUUCCAUAGAUGGGGAGAAACAUCUAAUCUAGUCUUUAUACCUGCUUCUUGGCUUGGGAGUCUUUUGUUUAUUGUUUUCUUUUGUUUGUUUUGUUUCCUGUUUGGCUAAUGUAUCUUUGGGAUCUUAUGUGAUAAGAAAAUUAAUUCAUCUUCAAGCCUUUAAGCUGCAGCAGGUUGAUGGCAGUGAGUCAAGGGAGGAGAGCAACUUCCUUUGUAACCAAAGCCCACAGCCUAAAGUGUUCUCUCAGAUGGUUACACAGAAUAUGUCAUUUUACCAGGGCUUGGAGCCUGUUGUAGAGGCCACUAUUUAUUAGAACUAAAAAUUUAAUAAAUUCUCAUUUUGUUAA